CAUUAAGAACUAAAUUAAUAUUCCUCAGGGAUAAUUACACCCUACAAAUAAACCCCUUCUCUGGAGUUUGCAACGAGGAACAUAUGAGCUAUUUCAAAUUCAUCGGACGUGUCGCAGGAAUGGCUGUCUACCAUGGAAAACUACUAGAUGCCUUUUUCAUCAGACCUUUUUAUAAAAUGAUGCUGUCAAAACAGAUCGAUCUGAAAGAUAUGGAAUCAGUAGAUUCGGAAUACUACAAGUCGCUUUUGUGGAUAAAGGAGAAUGAUCCAUCCGAUUUAGAUCUGACAUUUUCGGUUGAUGAAGAAUCUUUCGGACACACGUCGGUACAUGAACUGAUUGAAGGGGGGGCUGACAUUCCUUUGGACAAUUCCAAUAAGGAUAAGUAUAUAGCGUGAGUAAGAUUUAGAAUGUUACUAUUUUAUUGAUUAUAGGUUGAAGAUUUCAUGUGGACCAUUUUUUUUUGUCGUCUUCUCUGUGUAGAUAUAAUUAGUGUCAGUUGUCAUACGUAUUCGAUGUUUGUAUUGUCCAUUCUAGAACCUUUUUAUUUUGUUGAAAUAACUCCAUGCAAAAUCAACAUUAAUGACAAAUAUACAAAGUAGCCAACUCAGAAAAUACACAUGUUCCAAAAGAAUUUCUUAUUCAGUAUGGUCCAUUGAGAAAAAUUUUGUAAAGCAAAUCAUGAGCCCUUUUCAUUUAUAACUCUAUGAACUUUCUCUCUUAUGUGACGGAGGCCUAAAUAUCACAUCAAUCGACAAUGAUUGCGGCCCCAGAACUGAUCCCUGAGGAGCACCUAGCUCAAAAUCUAGUAUUAAUGUCACCUCAUUAAAAUUGUAGUCAGAAAGUACAUCAAUGGGAAAAUAUUCAACAAUAAUUUGUUUUUAUUAUCAAUCCCAAUACCAUACAUAAGUUUGAAAAAGCUAAUAUGAAG